AUGCUCGGCUUCAGAUCUGAUCCAGUGGGCCACAGGGAAACGAAGCUCAAAACCAACCUAAUUCCUGUUGCCUCUCAACCUCUCCGCAUCCCACUCAACUCCGCCUCCCAGGCAGACUUCGUCACAGCCUCCACAGUCAUUCUCUCGUCCACAGAGCCCUCCGGCCCUCCGCCUGCUCGCCUCGCUCCCGCCUUUCCAGUCCCCUCUCGCACAGUUCCAGAGUUUUCUGCUCCUCCUCGCCUGCCUCCUGAACCCCACCAUCCCCGGCCAGCCUCAGACUUCGCCUCUGCUGCUGCAUACGCUCCUCCUGCUCCCGCGGCGCCGUCGUUCCGUGCUGCUGUCCCUUCAGCUGCUCCCGAUCGUGUCCCGAACCAAUCUUCUAAAACUCACGCAUCCGAUUCAGCAGCAGCAGCAGCAGAAGCAGCAGCAGCAGGCGGAGCAGCAGUCGGAGGAGCAGCACGGGGAGGUUGGGGAGCAGGACGUGCAAAACCACCAGCCAGAGCCGAGCCAGAGACCCUCCUAGCCCCCCCUCGGCCUCUCUUCCCGCUCUCUCCCCCAGCCCAGCAGCAUACCCCAGAUUCGCCUCCCCCAGUCAAGCCUAAGGCGCAACAACUAGCCAAGAAGCUGUUUGCCACUCCAUUCGCGUCGUCACCUGAAGGCUAUUCCACUGAGAGUGAUGUUCGCUGCUCCACAGGGACAGAUGUGACAGGGGCGCUGAACUGGGGGGGAUGGGGACAAGUGGGCGCGAGUGGCUUGGAGUGUGAGGGGGAAAGGUUCGGAGAGGGAGCAGCAGAAGCAGCAGCAGCAGCAGCGGCAGAAGCAGAAGCAGCAGCAGCGGCAGCAGCAGCAGCGGCAGGGGCGGCAGGAGUAAGAGGAAGAGGAGGAGGAGGGGGAGAAGACGCAGGAGGAAGAGGACUGAGGGAAAGCGUAGGAGGGAGCGAUGGAGCACGGGAGAGAGUGGCAGUGGCAGGGUCGCCACUCUCCCCUCGUUCACCUGCAAGCGCCAGCAGGAGCCCUGCUCCCUCCCAACCAUCACCUCAGUAUGCCCAAACCCCACCGCGUGAACCACUCUAUCCUCCUCCUUCCCCUGUCGGAGGCAGCAGGAGUCCUAUUUCCGCCGAGCCUUCACCACGGCCUGAAACUCGAUACGAACCCUGCUCGCCACCGCCUGAACCACUCUACCCUCCUCCCUCCCCUACAGGAGGCAACAGGAGCCCUGCUUCUUCCCACCGAUCUUCUGCUCCCCGAUCGGCAGCAGCUGCAGCUGCUCUGAGUGCCCUCGGUGCGGCUACUCUGGCAGCAGGAGGCCCUCCUCUUGCUGCUGGCACUCCUCCUGUAGAUGCACAGACCCACGCUCCCUAUUCCCAUGGCCCAUCACCACAUAGAUAUGGUUCGGAGAGUGUGACAAGUAGUGGAACAGGUGGGGGGCGUGAGUCGGCUGUUAAUAGCAGGGGUGGUGGCAGUGCUGGUGGGGUUUCUGUGGCCAGCAGCGGGCAUGGGUUUGGUAAUGCAGCAGGUGCUGAUGUGCAGAUGAGUGGCGGUGGGAGUGCUGCUGCUGCUUCUGCUGCGGCUUCUGCAGCUGUGGUUACUCCACCGGUCCCAACCCGGCUGGAUUUCCAGUCUCCUGUUGGGGAACCACGAAGCAAGAAGAGCGAGAGUGGGAGAGGCAGAGCCGAGGAGUCUGGAGGGAAGGGGAGCGUCCUGGGAUCUGCCUGGAGGUCUGGUGGGUCGAAUAAGAAGCUGCCACCUGGCACUGAUGGGGAGCGGUGGAAUGAUGACGAGGACGAUGAUGACGUGGCAUCGUCUGAUUCGUCCUCGUGUUCGGAUUCGUCUGAGAUGUCUUCCACGCUUGUGGCGGGCGGUGGCGAGGACUCGCCAGCUGGCACAAGAGAUGGAGACUCUGCCAGCUCAGCAAGGGGGCAGCUGAAGUGGCCUUUGCGCCAGCUGGCAUCGGGGCUGACAGCAGAGGAGCUUCAAGCAAGUGCCUAUGAGGUGCUGCUGCUUGCAGCAGCGGAAUCCGGGCUUGUGUCUGCACCAGCGCCUGGUGCCACCAGUGCAGCCAGCAGCGGCAGCAGCAAGAGCAAGCCCUGGCGGCCUGAAUCCCCCGUAGAGCCCAAGUCCAAGUCCCCAGGCGGCUUCAUGUCCCGCUUUGCCAAGAAGGUCGGGGUCAACGUGGGGCAGUUUAAGGGAGCCAAACCUGCUGCUGGCAUUGCUGCUGCUGGUGGUACUGGUGGCGGUGGCGGUGGUGGUGGUGGGGGUGGUGGAGAGAGGGGGAUUGGGGAUGGGAGUGGAGGGGAGGGAGGAGGAGGAGCCCUGUCCCCGGAGCUGGCUCGCAUGCGGCAGCAACUAGGGGUACGUGAUCGGCGCUUCUCCUGCCUUGUCUUACCGUACCCGAGUCUCUCCACGCUCUCCUCCUCUCAGCCCUCUUCUUCCCACCCCCCUCACAUACCGUCGAAAUGCCAUCCCCCAUCAGCCCCCUCAUCGGUACCCGAGUCUCUCCAAGCUCUCGUCCUCUCAGCCCUCUUCCUCCCACCCCCAUCACACACCGUCGAAAUGCCAUCUCCCAUCAGCCCGCUCACCGGUGUAGCAGCAGCAGCAGCAGCUGCCGCCAUUCCUCCCCUCCCGCUCCCGCUCUGCCUGCUCCUCCACUUCUCCCCCAUCCCCGCCUCCCUUUCCUCCUCCUUCUCCCCUGGAGUUGAUGCUCUGAAGGCCGCUGCUUCUUCUCUCGCUGCGUCAUUCUCCAAUCUGUCGCCAGACCUCCGUAGAGCUUUCUACCACAGACAGGUGAAGCUGCUGCAAGAACUGCUGUUGGACGCCACAGGCAAUGCAAAGCCACAGGGCACAGGAAAGGGAGGAGCGGGAGGAGCAGGAGGAGCAGGAGGGGAGGCACAGGGUGGGGAUGAUCGUGCUGAGGUGGCAGCCGCCCUGGAUGCCAUGCUGGCACUUGUAAAGGGUCACGUGUUCAUCACCUCCCCGCCCUCCUUCGAAGCCAAGUGGAGCCGGAAGCUGAGCGAGCUGCUUUUGAUUCAAGCCCACUCCCUCUUCCCCUCCCCUCCCUCCCACACCCAUCCAGGGUCACGAGUUCAUCACCUCUCCUCCGUCCUUCGAAGCCAAGUGGAGCCGGAAGCUGAGCGAGCUGCUUUUGAUUCAAGCCCACUCCCUCUUCCCCUCCCCCUCCCUCCCACACCCAUCCAGGGUCACGAGUUCAUCACCUCCCCGCCGUCCUUCGAAGCCAAGUGGAGCCGGAAGCUGAGCGAGCUGCGCUGGCUGCUGGUGGGGGGAUUCGCCUGGGGCGGCAGGAGAGGAAACGCAGCAGCACUGGCCGCAGCAGCAAGCCACAAUGCUGGCGGUGGUGUGAGGCAAGGGAAGCAGCUACCGGUGCUGCCUGGUGCCUGGUGUCCCACCCGAGCGACCUUCAACGCAUCUCUGUACCAUCAGCUGCUGUCCGCCUGCUGUGACCCCUCCGAUUCAGCCUCUUCCAUCGACCUCCUCUUUGAGAUGGAGGAGAGAGUUGAGGCCCUCAGGCCCACGUGGCACUCUCUGGGAGUGACACCUGUCACGCACAGCGCCCUGCAAGCUUGGACCCUCUGCCAAAAGUUCGAUGAGGUCCUAUCCUCAUCCCCCGCUCGUCCUCUCUCUCAUUCUUCCUUGCUCUCGCAUCAUGUCCCCUGUUCUCCCCCUCUCCUCCUCCAUCGUCUCCCUCCUCUUCCAGGCUUCAGUUCCAACUCUUCCUCACCCGCUCUCAUCACCGUCGCCAGCUGGCGUGACUACCACCACACGCUGCUGGAGGCUUCCAGCAGCAGUGGCGCGAGUGCAGACGGACUGGCAGCACUGGAAUCGGCUCUUGACUCGUACCUGUGCUGCUGCGACCUGCUGGAAGCAGGCAGGAAGAGGAGCAGCCGAAGACACACGGUGAGUGGGGUUCAUGGGGAGUGGAUGGGAGAAGGGAGGGUGGUGAAGAUAGGGGAAGAGAAAUGGGCAGUCAUUUUUUCAGACCGCCUUGCUUCUGCCCCAGGGGGACCACCGAGCAUGGAGCGAGUGGAGGACGUACUCGAGUUUGUUCACACGUCAGUGCUCUCCUCCUUUGACCGCGCGUGCCUAGAUGCUAUGGCAGCAGCAGCAGCAGCGAAAGCCCAGAAAGACGCACAGGAUCAGCACAAUGACGGAAGCUCCUCCUUCUCUUUCCCAGACUCUUCCACAGACGGGCCUGCUUCGGAUUUCAGAGCAGCAGGGGCGGGCGGAGAGGUGGGAUUGGCUCAAAUGGCUGAGCUGGCGAGGCCGGUUCCUCGCAGUGGUAUCAGAGCUGCACUGCACCCCGACUGCUGGAAGGAAGGCGUUUUCCCUCUAAACCCUCUCCAUGCGUUCUCACCACAUUCCACCAUUCCCAACGUCUCCCCCCCUGUGUACUUCUGCUUAUCCAUCACUACCCAUCAGGACCCGUUCCUCUCAGUGGUAUCAGAGCUGCACCCUGACUGCUGCAAGGACCCGUUCCUCUCAGUGGUAUCAGAGCUGCACCCCGACUGCUGCAAGGUGUUUUACGCUGUGGAUGCAUUCGACCGGCGCGUGCAGCAGGUGGUGCAGGGGGAGGUGUGGGCGGAGGAGGAGGAGGCGAAGAAGAGAGCAGGAGAGGGGCAUGGGGGAUACGGGCAUGCUUCUCAAAUUGCCAGCGAGCUGAACGCUUACCAGGUGUCCGUAGCAGCUGUCAGGCAGAGAGCAGGAGUGGGAGAUGGGCAUGGGGGAUGCGGCCAUGCUGCAAAUAUUGCAAGCGAGCUGAACCCGUACCAGAUUGACCCUGUGAUGAAGCGUCUGUUCUCAGCCUGGGUGUCAGCGCAGCAGCAGAAGCUCCACGUGUGGAUGGAGAGAGGAGUUGAGGCAGAGCUACUUCUCAACCCCUUGCCCCACUCUUCACCCGCUCGACUCAUUCGCUCUUCUCACCCGCUCGCCUCGCCUCUCGCGCUGCUUCUGCUGCAGACGUUCGAGCCGGCUUCAGAUACACUCAAGCACGGGGCUUUUGCAGUGGAUGCUGUGCGGCUGGUAGAAGAGGUCCUAGAGCAGUUCUUUCGUCUUGGCCUGCCCCCCCGCCUGCCCAUGCUGCAACAAAUAGUCCACAGCACCGACACCCUCAUGAGCGCCUAUGUUGCCAAGAUUGCCGCUCUCGGCCCCAGGGACGACCUCAAGCUGCCUCCACCGCCCCUCACGCGCUUCAAAGAAGACUUGGCUCAGAGGCUGGCUGAUAAGGCGGAGAAAAGGGCGGAGAGGGAGGAGAGGGUGCAGAAGGGGAAAGCGGGGUUGAUAGUGCACCUUCUGCACCCUCUCUUCUGCACCCUCUCUUCUGCACCCUCUCUUCUGCACCCUCUCUUCUGCACCCGCUCUUCUGCACCCUCUUCUCACCUGCGUCUCUUUGUGACAGCCGAGCUGGACAAAUCCGAGAAGGCUCUCUGUGAGCGCUGGGAUGAGUACGCUCCUCACCUCAAGAUCGAUGACAUGGCAGCCAUGGCCCCGUCUCAGCUCGCCUCCUCCCUCGCCUUCCGUCUCUCCACAGAGGGCGUGGCUGGGCUCAAGAGAGGAAGCUUCUAUGAGCAGACCACCACGCUCGCAGCACAGCGCAUGCAGACCCUCUCAGACUACCUCGGUCAGUGCGUGUGUGUGGACGGGGAGGGGAUAGAGGGAGGAGUGGGUUGGUGCACCAAGGUGGUGCGAUGGAACCUGAGGGAGGUGUAUCUAGAGGAGCCCGAUGGAGCAGCCGUUAGGUAUACACCCCUCCUGUUUAAACACAACAAGGUGCCCCUCCUAUUUAUGCUGUUCCUUGCAGGCACCAAGGUGGUGUGGUGGGACCUGAGGGAGGCGUUUCUGGAGGAGCUGUAUCGUGUGAGCGUGGAAUCCUGUCGCAUGAGCAACCUCAUGCUCAAGCUCGACCCGGUGUUGGGGGAGAUUGUGGAGACCGUCUCGGACUCUCUGAGGGAUCGUGUCGUCACCUCUCUCCUGCACUCUGUUCUGGAGGGCCUGCUGCGCGUGCUUCUGGACGGCGGGCCUCUGAGGGUGUUUGCUCAGUCAGACUACGAUGCCCUGGAAGAUGACCUCCGCAUUCUCAAGGAGUUCUUUGUGGCGAAUGGCAACGGCUUGCCACAGGAGGUUGUGAACAAGGCAGCAGCUCAGGUGCAGCAAGUGCUCAACUACUACUCCCUCGAUACUGCUGACGUCAUUAUGGUUUACAAGCAAGCAGCAGGAGCCAGUCAAGCAGCAGGCGGUGCGUUUCGGGCCUCGUCAUUUGUGAAGGGAGGUGGCGCAGGGCUCACUGGGCACGAUGCACAUGUGCUUCUGCGCGUGCUUUGCCAUAGGGCGGAUCGGGAAGCUUCCAAGUUCCUCAAGAAGCACAUGCACCUGCCUAAGUCAUAG